GUGCGCCAUCUCUUAAUAUAUAUCGUUAAUAAUAUAGCCAAACACAUUUAAAAUAUAGAUAUAACGAUACACUAAUUUUUAUAUCUACUAAAAUACAGCCUGCAUAAUUAAUAAAAUCAUCGGCAUCCUGACUCUGCCACACACACACUCUCCCACGAUUCCGUUGCCGUGGGCGCGAUUACCGUUACAGACGAUCAGCCCUUGAAUGCUCUGUGUCCAUGGUUGACGCACACGCAGAGAUCUUUCAAACCACCUUCCAUCCAUCCAACCAUCCUCCAACGGCUAUCUCCCUUCCCACUGUCCAAACCCCGAUGCGGCGGCCUCCACGAACCCCAUCCCCGUGACCGCCGCCGCCGCCGCUUCUCCCCAUCACAUCACCGCCAUGCGGUCCUACACCGCCGCCGCCAUGCCGCGGCAGUCAUCCAGGCCGUCUUCCUCCUCCGCCUCCAAGCCCCGGAAGCCCUCUCCGUCCCGUUCCCCUUCCCCCGCGACGGCGCCCAAGCCCAAGGCGGCGGCGGCGGGGAGCUCCGCGCGCCGGCGCAGCCCGCUCUCCGACCUCAACUCCAGGGACGCCUCCGCCGCGCGCGAGCGGCCCGGGUGCUUCCGCUUCCUCCUCCCCUCCUCCGCCGCGUCCGGGUCGAGGUCCGGGUCCACCCCGCGGACCCCCAAGCGCCCCGACCCCAAGCCCCGGCCCGGGGCCAGGAGGCCCGACCGGCUCCCGGAUCAGGAAUCGAGAACCCGGACCGAGCGAUGCGCUGGCCAAGAGCCGAGGAGGCGGGGGCUGGAGCCGAUCGGCGGGCAGAUCAAGAAGACGGAGCCGGGCGUCGGCAAGAAGCAGUGGCUGGGGAAAGGGCGGCAGUUAGAGCAGUUCGAGGCCCUGACGCCGGAGAAGAAGGCGGACUCGUCGGGGGCCACGCCAUCGACCGGCGCGACGCCGCCGGUCCACGCGUCGAUCUCGCCCGAGGUGGCGGCGGCCGCGUGCGGGUCCGCGACGCCGGCGUGCUUCGCGGCGGGCCACCACGUGCUCCCGGGCGUCGGGGACCGCCGCAAGUGCCGGCCGCGGGGCAUCCUGGCGAUCGCGGGGGCGGGGCUGGCGAGCGGCGACCUCGACGCCGAGCCGUCCCGGGCGUCCAUCCGCUGGCUGUCCUCGCCGUCGGGGGCUGAGUCCGGGACGUGCUCGACGAAAUGCGGCUACGAGGAGGCGUCGGUGAACUGGCUGGUGUCGCCGCGCGAUGGAGGGGUGGACCCGCUCGAGGACGAGAUCUUCGUGCCGAGGUGCUCCUCGGACGACGCGUUCUGGCGGUUCUCCCCGGACUGCACGGGGCUGCUAGGCUCGCCACUGCUCGGUGGGCUGCUGGACUUUGGCACGCCGGUGUCGGACAUGUCCGGGACGACGCCGUCCUCGGGGUUUCUCCCAGUGCAGAAGACGCCGAGCAGCGGCGAUAGCAUUAGUCCCUUCUCGCUUAUUGUCAAGAGGGCGUCGGAGUCCUCUGCAAGAUUACGCAGUUUGUGUGCCCAGCAGGGAGUGGGCAGCAGCUGUCGUUAUGGCUCAGUGGCGGAUCCCACACCAGUGUCCGGUGAGUCAUGGCCUGAAAGUGCCAGCAAUGGGACACGGUCAGGAUUGACAAGAACAGGCAGUCAUCCGAUGAAGAUGAUGGAUCCCGUCCUGGAAUGUCUUGAGAUGAUGAGUUUGUCCCCAAGGCCCGGGGACGAUUACUAUGACAAUGGUGCGCUGCUUGUGAAACUUCACAAAGGGGAGCUGGACAUAGCAAGGUAUAUCCUGGAUGGCGUGGUGGUCUUACAUGAGGUCCUGCACCAUUUGAAGAGCAGAAAGUUGGAGGGAAUAAUUCUCAAACUGGAUUUUGAGAAAGCGUAUGAUAAAGUGGACUGGAACUUUCUGAAGGAGGUACUGAUAAAGAAGAACUUCCCAAAGGAGAGGAUAGAGUGGAUGAUGAAGGCGGUAACAGGAGAUAGAGUGGCUAUAAACCUGAAUGGUGAAAGAGGUGAUUACUUCAGAAGCUAUAAGGGUGUGCGGCAAGGUGAUCCUUUAUCACCGCUGCUAUUCAAUCUGGUGAGCGAUGUUUUCUCGGGAAUACUCAAUCAUGCAAAGGAGAGAGGCCUUAUUGAGGGUUUAGUGUCAGAUCUAGUGGAGGGGGGCCUCACUCAUUUGCAAUACGCAGACGACACAAUACUGUUUCUGAAGAACAGUGAAAACAAUAUUAUCAUGCUCAAAUUCCUCCUGUUAUGCUAUGAGGAAAUGUCGGGGAUGCGAAUCAACUACAACAAGAAUGAAGUCUUCGUGCUGGGUGUGGAGGAGUGCGAACAAGAAAGAAUCGCCAAUGCAUUUAAUUGUCAUGUGGGGGAGCUACCAAUGAAGUAUCUAGGGAUUCCGGUUAGCGACGUAAGAUUAUGA